AUGAAGGCGCAGCAGAUCGAUCCCAAAGACCUCAAGAUCCAUCUCAACGAGGUACCCAUCCCGACACCUGCCCCCAAUGAGAUCCUCGUCAAGAUCCUCUGCGCGUCGCUGUGCCACUCGGACAUUAUGAUCUUUGAGCCCACCGAGGGCAUGCAGUAUCCAGAGAAGCCGACGACCAUGGGCCACGAGGCGACGGGGCAGAUUGUGCAGCUCGGCUCAGACGUCUCGGGCUUUAACAUAGGCGACAAUGUUGGGUUCAACCCAGCCACCCAAGUCUGCUACGAGUGUCGUCCAUGCAGAGAAGUACACAACCUGUGGUGCGAGAAGAAUGCGCCUGUGAUUCAAGGCUUCGGCAGAGACGGCUACUUUGCCGAGUACGCCGUCAUUGACCACCACAACGCCAUCGUCCUGCCCAGAGAGCUGGACCCCGUCGCGGCAGCACCUCUGUUUUGCGCGGGCGUCACGGCGUACCAUGCCAUUGACGACCUCAAGCUCCCACAUCAAAGCUGGGUCGCCAUUAUCGGAUGCGGUGGCCUUGGCCUACUCGCCAUCCAGUACGCGCGCGCCAUGCAGUACCGGGUGAUUGCCAUUGACACGGCGGUCCCCGCCCUGGAGGAAGCGAAAGCAUCCGGCGCCGAGCACGCCUUUGACCCAGCCAACGACGCCGACUACGUCAGCCGCAUCAUGGAGAUCACCGGACGCGGCGUCCACGCCGCCGUCAACUUCACCGCUAGCAAGCGUGCCUACGCGGCCAUGCCGGCCAUCAUCCGACCCGGGAAUGGCAUCCUCAUGGCCGUCGGCAUCCCCGCGCAGCCCAUUGAGCUGAGCGUCUUUGACAUUGCGCUGCAAAAGUACAGGGUCAUGGGCGCCAGCAACGGGCAGUGCCACAAUACACGCCCGGCCAUUGAGUUUAGCGCCAAGCACAACAUUGUGUCGAAGACGGAGUACUUUCCGCUCGAGGACCUGCCUACUAUGGUGGAGAAGAUGCAGAAUCACACGGCGAGGGGCAGGAUGGCGGUGCGCUUCUGA